AUGUCUGACGGUACGUUUUCGCAAGCUCUCCCGUGUGGCCCCAUACUGAUCCCCACUGUAGCCGAUAUCGAGGCCGUUCGCCGGCUCCAAGCUGAGCGCAAUGCUGCUGCUGCUGCAGGCAAAAAAGGUUCCAAAACCUUCGACCAAUCUGGUCAGCGUACUGAUAACUCGACCAAGGCCUCCCUGACGGAAUCCUUCGACAGCUUUCUGUACGAACGAAAUGGAGCGGACAAGUUCCAAGGCUACGAAACAUCGAUCGCCGUCGAUGGCGAGGAUGAAGAAAUGGAAGACGCAAAUGGAGGGCACAACCUGGUUGGCCAAUACACUGCUACCAGAAGCCAAAUCGAUGAAAUGGCGCAAGGACAUGGCGUCGAAGAGGAGGAUAUUCUGUUAGGCCGUGAGAAAGCAGCACGAAUCGCUGACCGCGAGACUGACUACCAGAAGCGUCGAUUCAACCGUGGCGCCUUGACCCCGACACGCGCCGAUCCCUUCGCUGCGAAUGUCCAGGCUAACGUUGACGGCGAACCACAGACCUACCGUGAGGUUAUGGCUAUGCGCGAGCUGGACCGAGAAGAGGAGCGCGUCAAAAAACUGAUUGCAGAGAAGCGCGAGCGUGGCGAAGAUGUGACAGAACACCAAGCUACCUUGAAAGCGGUGGAACAGGAUAAAGAAAACGCCGAGGCGGGAUCGACAGUUGCAGUAGCUACAGACAGAAAGCGAAAGAAGCGAUGGGGCUCGACUGAAGAGCCUGGCGAUUCGGCCGAACCAAGCAAGAAGUCACGUUGGGCUUCGGCUCCUGAUGCUGCGGCACCCCAAGCACCCGCACCUCUCCCAUCGAGGUGGGAUCUUGCGCCGUCUCUUACAGCCGCCACGCCCGUCGGCAACCAAGGACUCGCUACUCCUAUGCAUCCUUCGCAGGGCGCUCCCGCGGCUGCCGGAUUCGGAGCUGAUAUGCCUGUUCAAAUGGGCGGUUGGUCCGAUGAAGAGCUCGAUAUCAUGCUUCCAGGUGAGGCGCAAGGCUAUAAAGUCCUCGAUCCUCCUCCUGGAUAUGAGCCAGUUCGUGCUCAUGCCCGCAGACUCAUGGCUACGCCAGCGCCCGUUCCCAGCGCUGUUGGCGGUUUUAUGAUGCAGGAGCCGGAAAGUGUCCAGUCUGUGGGCAAGGAUCUUCCAACCGAUAUCCCCGGCGUUGGUGAUCUUCAGUUUUUCAAGCCGGAGGAUAUGGCCUACUUUGGCAAGCUAAUGGAAGGCGGCGAUGAAGCUAGCAUGACUGUGGAAGAAAUGAAGGAGCGGAAGAUCAUGCGAUUGCUCCUCAAGGUCAAGAACGGUACCCCGCCGAUGCGAAAGACCGCUCUGCGACAAAUCACAGACAAUGCGCGCGAUUUUGGUCCCGGAGCUCUGUUCAAUCAGAUCCUCCCAUUGCUGAUGGAGAGGUCUUUGGAAGAUCAGGAGCGCCAUUUGCUGGUCAAGGUCAUUGAUCGAAUUCUCUACAAACUGGAUGAUCUCGUUCGUCCAUAUGUCCACAAGAUCUUGGUCGUCAUUGAGCCCCUGCUCAUUGAUCAAGACUAUUAUGCUCGUGCUGAGGGUCGAGAGAUUAUCUCGAAUCUUGCCAAGGCCGCCGGUCUUGCUACAAUGAUUAGUACUAUGCGUCCUGACAUUGACCAUGUCGACGAAUAUGUGCGAAACACCACCGCACGAGCUUUCGCCGUUGUGGCCUCUGCCCUCGGCAUUCCCGCCCUCCUCCCUUUCCUCCGUGCUGUCUGCCGCAGUAAGAAGUCGUGGCAGGCCCGACACACUGGUGUCAAGAUUGUUCAACAUAUUCCUAUUCUUAUGGGUUGCGCCAUUCUCCCUCAUCUCAAGGGGCUGGUGGAGUGUAUCUCUGACAACAUCAGCGAUGAACAAGCUAAGGUUCGGACGGUUACCGCUCUAGCUGUGGCCGCUUUGGCUGAAGCUGCGAACCCAUACGGUAUCGAAAGUUUCGAUGCCAUUCUAAACCCUCUCUGGACCGGUGCCCGUAAGCAGCGUGGCAAGGGUCUCACAGCCUUCCUCAAGGCUGUCGGAUACAUCAUUCCCCUCAUGGAUGAGGAAUAUGCCAAUUAUUACACCACUCAAAUCAUGGAGAUUCUUCUGCGUGAGUUCGCCUCACCAGACGAGGAAAUGAAAAAGGUCGUCUUGAAGGUGGUUUCUCAAUGUGCCAGCACGGCAGGUGUGACUGCCGGCUACUUGAAGGAGAAUGUCUUGGCCGAGUUCUUCAAGAGCUUCUGGGUGCGGCGUAUGGCACUCGAUAAACGAAAUUACCGCCAAGUAGUCGAUACCACCGUGGAUUUGGGUCAGAAGGUGGGAGUCAGCGAGAUCCUCGAGCGCAUCGUCAACAAUUUGAAAGACGAAAGCGAGCCGUACCGCAAGAUGACGGUCGAAACUGCUGAAAAGUUGAUUGCAUCCCUUGGUGCUGCAGAUAUCUCCGAGAGGUUGGAGGAGCGCCUUAUUGACGGUGUUCUCUUCGCCUUCCAGGAACAAAGCAUUGAAGACCUCGUCAUUCUCAAUGGAUUUGGCACGGUGGUCAAUGCACUUGGCACACGCUGCAAGUCAUAUCUUCCCCAGAUCGUCAGUACUAUUCUCUGGCGUUUGAACAACAAGGAUUCCAAUGUUCGACAACAAGCAGCCGACCUCAUUUCCCGUAUUGCAUUUGUUAUGAAGCAGUGCGAUGAGGACGUUCUCAUGGGCAAGCUCGGUAUCGUACUCUAUGAGUACCUGGGCGAAGAAUACCCCGAGGUUCUCGGCUCCAUCUUGGGUGCUUUGCGUGCCAUCGUCACCGUGGUCGGUAUCAACCAGAUGCAGCCUCCCAUCCGCGACCUCCUACCCCGCCUUACCCCCAUCCUGCGCAAUCGACACGAAAAAGUGCAGGAGAACACCAUCGAUCUUGUCGGCCGUAUCGCCGAUCGUGGUCCGGAGGCCGUGAAUGCCCGUGAAUGGAUGCGUAUCUGCUUCGAGUUGAUGGACAUGCUCAAGGCCCACAAGAAGGGCAUCCGUCGCGCGGCCAACAACACAUUCGGUUUCAUCGCCAAGGCCAUUGGUCCCCAGGAUGUUCUGGCCGCUCUUCUCGGCAACUUGCGAGUACAGGAGCGUCAGUCUCGUGUCUGCACAGCCGUCGCCAUUGGUAUCGUGGCCGAGACUUGUGCUCCGUUCACUGUGCUCCCCGCGCUGAUGAACGAGUACCGGGUUCCCGAUCUCAACGUGCAGAACGGUGUGAUCAAGGCCAUAUCCUUCUUGUUCGAAUAUAUCGGCGAGAUGGGCAAGGACUAUGUCUACGCUGUCACGCCGCUGCUGGAAGAUGCUCUUAUCGACCGUGACCAAGUCCACCGACAAACCGCUGCCAGUGCCGUCAAGCACGUCGCCCUCGGUGUUGUUGGACUUGGCUGCGAAGACGCCAUGGUCCACCUUCUCAAUCUGCUCUUCCCCAAUAUCUUCGAGACCAGUCCCCACGUCAUUGACCGGGUCAUCGAAGCCAUCGAGGCUGUCCGGACGGCUGUCGGCUCAGGCAUCGUUAUGAACUACAUCUGGGCUGGCUUGUUCCAUCCUGCCCGCAAGGUGCGCAAUCCUUACUGGAGACUGUACAACGAUGCGUAUGUCCAAUCGGCCGAUUCAAUGAUCCCUUACUAUCCAGAGAUGGAGGGUGAUCUCGAGCGACCGGAGCUAUCGAUCAUGAUCUAG